AUGUCUGAAGAGUACGAUGUUCUUAUCUGCGGCAGCGGCUCGGCCGGACUCUGCGCAGCAGUGUGGCUAGCUCGUUGCGGCAUCAAUUUCAAGAUCCUUGAGCGGCGUGAAGGCAUGCUCAAACAGGGCCAGGCUGAUGGUGUCCAAGUCCGCACAGUCGAGAUUCUCGAGCAUCUCGGUUUGUCCGAGGACGUCCUAAAAGAAGCCUAUCAUGUUCUCGAAUUAGCCUUUUGGUCACCAGAUGGCAAUGGUGGAAUACGCAGGUCGCAUCUCGAACCAGAUACCGAGCCUGGACUCAGUCAUCUCCCUCACGUCAUCCUGAAUCAGGCCCGGAUUAACGAACUCCUCAUCCAGGACAUCGUCAAGUCAUCAGGAGAAUCGCACAUCCAAUACGGAAGUGACAUUCGUGAAGUCAUCGUCAACAGCGAGGCCGCCCAGGACCACGGGGCUCAUUGCGUGACCGUGAAAUCGACUGAAAAUGGAGUCGAGCGUACAUAUCGUGCAAAGUAUGCUUUGGGUUGUGAUGGAGCUCAUAGCGCUGUCAGAAAGUCGUUAGGGUUCAAAAUGAUAGGGGACAGCACCGAUGUGGUCUGGGCCGUUAUGGACGUCUAUCCGAGGACUGACUUCCCUGACAUCCGCAAAAAGUGUGUGCUUCAGUCUGAUGCAGGCAACCUCGUUAUCAUUCCGCGAGAGGGCGACGAGAAAGUCCGGUUCUACAUGGAGAUGCCUGUAACUACACCAGGCGAGGUCACUCCCGAGAAAGUCAAAGAACGGCUCGACAAAAUUUUCAAGCCUUACAAUGUCGAAAUUGCGGAGACGUCGUGGUUCUCAGCAUAUUCGAUCGGCCAGCGUCUUGCCGACUACUUCACAAAAGAUCACCGAGUAUUCCUUACUGGAGACGCAUGUCACACACACUCCCCCAAGGCUGGUCAGGGUAUGAAUGUUAGUCUGCAAGAUGGCUAUAACAUUGGGUGGAAACUUGCUGCAGUUCUUCGAGGUCAGGCCCAGCCAUCGAUUCUGGAGACCUACGUCUCUGAGAGACACGAAACCGCCAAGAACCUGAUUGACUUUGACCGACAAUUCGCCAAGAUGUUCUCAUCCUCCUACCGCAAAGAGCACGGCUACUCCACCAAGGACUUCCAAGAAUAUUUCAUCAAGUCGGGCAGGUACACCGCUGGACUUGCGACGCAGUACAAGCCUUCUAUGCUGGUACGAUCUAGUGAGCGUGAUGACUUGGCACGUGGUAUGAAAACCGGCAUGCGUUUCCCGAGCGCUCAGGUUGUUCGCUUCUCAGAUGCUAGAGCUAUGCAGCUUUCACAAGCUCUACACGCAGACUCUAGAUGGGCAUUGGUGAUUUUUCCUGGUGACGUUACCCAGCGGCAUUCGGAAGAACGUUUGCAUAAGAAUAUUUUUGUGGAUGACGAAAGUUACCAUGCAGGACACGGCGAAGCUUAUGCCAGGUACGGUGUAAACCCCACAGUCGGGGCAAUGGUUCUCGUUCGACCAGAUCAAUAUGUCUCCGAGAUUUGUGCACUGGAAGACACGGAGUCGAUCAAGGACUUCCUCGAAUCCUUCUUCGUGCGCAAGACCAAUGGUUUCCACUAG